CACCCAGGACUAUAAUAAUGAAUAACAACAUAUUGAGCUUGACUCACCUGAGAGGAGAGAGUUCCAAUAAAAACUCUGGUAGUGAGUGGAAUCCUUCUACAUCGGUACACCCGGGACAGUCUACGUCGGUAGAACCGGGACAUUCUACAUCGGUAGAACCGGGACAGUCUACGUCGGUAGAACCGGGACAGUCUACGUCGGUAGAACCGGGACAGUCUACGUCGGUACAACCGGGACAGUCUACGUCGGAAGAAAAUGAUGAACCUGAAUAUUCUAAAUUAGGAAUACUUGAACAUUCUACAUCAGAACAACCUGAACAUUUGACAUCAGGAGAACCCGGACAACACCAGGAGAGGCACACAGCAGCUCCGACGUUCCACUGCUGCUCAGUGUGUGGAAAAGACUGUAAACAUUUAUCAGCGCUAAAAGUCCACAUGAGAUCCCACACAGGAGAGAAGCCUUACUCCUGCCUUGACUGCGGCAAGAGUUUUGCUCAAAAUGGUACGCUGAAAGUUCACCAGAGGAAGCACACUGGGGAGAUUGCGCAGAUUGUGGCAAGAACUUCCAAACCAACAGGAAGCUGAUAUCGCACCAACGGAAACAUCAUCCAGAGAAUGUGAUCGACCCCUGGUGUACCGUGUGUAGACUAGCAUUCAGCACUAAGCCCAAGCUGGAACGGCACCUGAAGACUCACAUCGGGGAGAACCCCUACUGCUGCCCUUUCUGUAGCAAGAGGUUUUCCACCAAAUGGCGCACAAUGCAACACCAGCAGGUGCACAGUGGAGAGAAGCCUUACUCCUGCUCUGACUGUGGCAAACGCUUCACUCAUAAAUCCACAGUGUCAAUGCACAAGAAGAAACACUGCCUUCAGCGAAUCCGAGCGGAGCGUCCCUCUGGAACAGGACAACGGGAACAACUCCAGGAGAACAGCAAACCCAGGAAGACUUACUCUUGCUCGGAGUGCGAAAGAGUUUGCCUGGCGUUAUCUAUUCUGCAGAUACACAUGAGAAAACACACAGAGGAGAAGCCGUACCCCUGCCCUGACUGUGAGAAGAAGUUUGCUACGAAAUCCCAAGUGAAAGCUCACCAGCGGACGCACACUGGAGAGAAACGGUUCUCCUGCCCCGACUGUGGGAAGGACUUUGCUUAUCUACGUGAUAUGAAAGUGCACCAGAAGAAACGGCACACUGAGGAGAAUGUAACGUCAGACCAACCUCCUAUCAAAACCCACAGCUGCUCAGUUUGUGGACGACAGUUUUCUGCCAGGAACACUCUAGGAAGGCACCUCCUGAUCCACUCUGGGGUGACGCCUCACAAGUGUGCCGAGUGUGGGAAGUGUUUCACUCAGAAGAACAACAUGAUAUCCCACCAGCUGACUCACACAGGAGAGAAGCCUUACAGCUGUGAUCAAUGUGGGAAGAGGUUCACUCGGAAAAGAGCAAUGAAGAUACACCAGCAGUCCCCCUGCGCUGUGAAAAAAGCAGACACCAGCCACCAUGAUGGAAAAUACAAGUUAAAAACACCUAAGAAAUCACUUCAAAUUGAGGGUAUCAAGAAAUCACCUGGACUGGGGAGACCCAAGACAUCACCUGGACUGGGGCGACCCAAGACAUCACCCAGAAGGGAAAAACCAGAGAGAUCGGCUGCAGUUGGAAAACCUCAGAGAUCUCGUAACAUGAAAAAGCCAAUGAAAGUGCCUACAGAGGAUAUGACGCCCCGCCAGUCCGAUGAUGAUGCAGUAGACUGCAACGUGGACAAUAGGAAUUGGUUACCUAGCAACGGACUAGAAGCGGAGCCCAACAGUCCCAGCCAAUCAGAUGUUGAUGAUGAUGAUGAUGACGCUGCAGACUGCGACCAAGAAUGGGCGGAGGAGGAGGACAGUCACACACCAGAGCAGAGAGACACGUCUCUCCCACCCCCCUCUUCCCCCCUGAAGUGCUGGGUUCCUGCCUCUCCCAGUACCUCUGUACUCUGGGGUCUGAAGAGGCUGUCUGUGCGGCUGGUCGACUGCAGAAAAACACAGAAUGACAAGGGGGACAGCUCUAAUGUUCGCUCGCUCAGUGGGAGGGGCAUGCCAUCUGGAAAGGCUCCAGGGUUAAAAGUGAUCCAGCGAUCAGUGGAUUUGGAGAAGCCUUACCGCUGUGAUCAGUGUGGGAAAGGUUUUCUCACUCCAGUAGGUUUAAAGUCACACCACAUAGUACACUCAGGAGAGAAACCUUACAGCUGUCGUGUAUGUGGGAAGAGUUUCGCUAGAUCAGGUGAACUUGUUGUCCAUCAGAGAGUACACACGGGAGAGAAACCUUUUCACUGCUCUGACUGUGGACAGAGCUUUGCUGCGAUUAGCUCACUGAUAACCCACAGGCGAAGACACACAGGAGAGAGGCCUUAUAGCUGUAGUCAGUGUGGGAAGAGCUUUGCUCAAUCAACGGCUUUAAAAUGCCACCAGCGAACAUACACAGGAGAGAAACCGUACAGCUGUGAUCAGUGUGGGAAGAGCUUCACUUAUUCACAGCUGCUGAUAGCACACCGGCAAAAACACACAGGAGAGAAACCCGAGACACCUUACAGCUAUGAUCAAUGUGACAAGAGAUUCACUAUAUUGAGCAAGUUGAAAAUACACCAACGAAAACGCACAGGAGAGAAGCCUUACCACUGUGAACUGUGCGGGAAGAGUUAUAGGUUCUCUUGCAUGCUGACAUACCACCAGAAAUCACACACAGGAGAGAAACCUGACAGCUGUGAUGUGUGUGGGAAGAGCUUUGCUCAUUCAAGCACCCUGGCAAGCCACAAUCGUAUACACACCGGAGAGAAGCCUUUCAGCUGUAAAGUCUGUGGGAAGAGCUUUGCCCAGACAGCUACCUUGGCGGGUCACAUGCGAACACACACUGGAGAGAAGCCAGAUACCCCCGUGAGGAGGCAGAAGCAGAGUAGACGAGGGGAAGGUGAUGGAGGACAGGCGUCAUACCUCUGCAGCGACUGUGGGAAGUGUUUCUCCUCGUUAGGUAAAUUGAACGUGCACCAGAAGACCCACACAGCAGUGAAGUCCCACCUCUGCAGCGACUGUGGGAAUAGCUAUUACAGUGCAUCACACCUUAGGGCGCAUAUGCGGUUCCACACCGAAGGGAAACCUUACCUCUGCACCGACUGCGGGAGGAGUUUCAAGCUCCCACAGACUCUGAAAAGACACAUGCUGAAACACACAGGAGAGAAACCAUGCCACUGCUCCAUCUGUGGGAGGAAAUUCGCUCAUCACCACUUUCUGAAAAUACACAUGCGAACACACACCAGAGAAAAGCCUUACCACUGCUCACAGUGCCACCAAAGGUUCUAUUCAUCAUGCAACUUGGUUUCUCAUCAGCGCGUACAUACUGGAGAGAAGCCUAACCACUGCGUCGAUUGUGGGAAGCGUUUUAGCUCUAGGUUGAACUUACGUGCUCACCAGAAGUCAUCACACGGGAUAGAAACUUCAUCACAAGGGAAAAAGCACCAACGACAAGCACCAGUUGGGAAGAAACCUCAUCACUGCUUUGAUUGUGGCAAACAGUGUAAGUCUUUGUCCAGCUUACAUGUUCACGAGAAAACUCACAGGAUAGAAAUCCCACACCAGAUGUUUCCUUAUCAACCCUGGAUGGAGAUCAUUACUGAGUUACUAUGAAGACAUCCCAAAUGGCUCCCUAGUCACUAUAUCCUUUAUGAUCAACCAGGGCUUGAUUUUCCAUGUGCAGCGCAGCCCAUGUUUUAAAGUCAAUAAGUGUUUGGUGACGAAUAUGGGUGUUUGUGUGUAAGUGCGUGGUUUGACCGGACCGUUUUUACCAACCAAUGUAGGAGUUUGAAGUAUGAAAAAAAAGAAAAUAUCUAAAUUCAACUAUAGAAUUGACUCAUCGUAUAAUGAAAUCUUUGUGCAGGUAAUGAGCUGUCUGUUAAACAUUUAUUAGGUUUAUCUUUUAGUUAUGUAUACUCUAAAAGAAACCCAAAUAACAUUGUGUUAAAAUGGAACAUGAAAGAAAUAAACCGCACCACUGCUGCUGCUCUGACGGUGCAGUUUUCACCAAAUCAAUGUAGGAGUUUGAACGGUCAUGAAUCAUACUGUAUAGUUGAUGACCGGGCUGUUUUUUUUUUAAACGGUUUAAACAUGAGGCUAAUAAACCAGAUGCUGUAAGAGAUUUCAACCAUGGAAAGUGUCAUCAUGGUGGUUCUGAUUGUUGCUGGGGGUGGGACUGCUUCCUAGGACUGUUACAGUGACCGUAUUACCGUCACACCGGCAGUCACGAGUCCAAUUCCACAUGACCGUUAUGUCUUGGUAACUAGGCUUUUCCAAACUCUGAUGUUGCUGAGGGUCAUUAGUAGCCUACCAAACUUCCCGAACUCCCUGGUACUCAGCACUCUAUUGUCCCUCUAAUCACUCUGACAUCAAUGCAAGUGUAAACGAAAAUCUAAUCAAACACUUCAUGAGAGCUCAUGUUGCGCAACAUUUCUAUAAGCUAUUGAUAAGGGAAUUAUAUAAUAAAGGUAAAUGAAUAAAGAAUCCAACCCUGUCACGUAACCAAUUAGUAGUUAUGUAGCAUGUAUAAUGAAUAAUUAAAGUACUAAUCGACAGGCCCAUAAGGUCUAGUAGAGGCCCGGGACAAAGUGUGUGUGUGUGUGUGUGUGUGUGUGUGUUUUAGUGGGCCUAAGAUAACAACAAGUAGACUGUGAUUGACCCGGCAGGUGAGGAACUUUGAGAAGAAAGGGAGUGACCCUCAAGAUUUCUCUUAUCUCGGGGGAAAGGAACAGACAGCACUGGAUAGUGAUUAACAGUGAUGUGAACUCCAGGGAGGGAUGCAACUCACCUACUGUUUGUGUGGAGGUAUGUGCGUAAGUGGAGAGUUAGCAUAAAAUGAAUGUCUUUGUUAUUUGGACCUCAGAUUGUUCUCUGAAUAAA